CACAACCUAGUCAUUUAGGGAAUGAAAAAAAUUAAUUGGAGUUUGUUAAUAACUUAAAAGAAGUUCCCCGAAAAAUAAUGUAAAAAUGGCCUACAUAUGCGUAGUGUUUUUAAGGAAAGAAAAAAACCAUUCAAUGCUAAUUAUCGCUUCUGUUAAUAAUCUUUGAAAAAAAUUAAUUUGUUUAGCUUAGUUGUUGCUUCUGCACACCGUAUAAUGAUAAUGAUGAUGAUGAUGAUGAUAAUGAUGAUAAUGAUGCUGAUGAUCACAUCAUUUAAAAACAAAACGCAAGUGAAUUUAAAUAUCAAGUUGGCCUUACGUCCAAGAUUUGCGAAUACGAGCUACGAAUAAGUAUAAGCUGCAGUGACUACAUGCAGUCAACCAACUGACUUAGUUCACUAAUCUGUGUUGCUUGUACUGGUUUAAAGUAAAAAAAAUGCAAAAAAAAAUUUUCAAUCUUGGCUUAAGCGCUCGUUUUCAUGAUGAUAUCUAGACGAAAAAUUAUAUCACGCUCCCUGGAUAAUUUAGAUGUCAUAGGCACUCAUGCCGAAGAGGAAGAAGACGUUUGGUAUGAUAAAGAAAAAUUAUUUCGUGAUCACUUAAACGAGGUGCUAGCUAAAUGGGAACAAAUCGAUGAUGAGAUUUGGGCUAAAAUCAUUAUAUUCGAAAAAAAUCGUCGGGUAGCCAAAGCUUACGCACGUUCAUCUGUGAUUUCAAUAAACGGUUCGAAACACGGCUUCGACGGUGUACGCAUCGGUUUAAAUGGUUUUGACAACCCAAUGCGAGAUUCCGAAACAAAAGUGAUUAAGAAAUCAAUAGGAGAUGGUUUCAAAAUUAAAAUGGACGAUAUCGGUAAUAUAUAUGUUAAGCGUUAUGGUAAAAGCGCAGUCUAUAUUCAUAACACAAGUAACAGCAGCGAAGAAUCUGUCGUAGGUGCGGAUAUUUUACAAAUUCCAAAUAUGACUUUAACGGCAGGAACAUCAGCCAAGCUUUUUGAUAUGCGUAAAUUCACAACAAACAUAAAUCGAGAAUAUGGUCGCAUUUAUCCAGAAUCGAAGCGUUUAGAACGUCAAUGCUUAUCUGCCAUUUCACUGGUCAAAACUAAUAAUAAUCUAAUCAAUUGCCCCCUGUGGAUACUGGUCAUAAAUGUCGUUGCCAUGGAUAUGUUAAAAAAUCGUUUGCAAACAUUGUCGAAAACUGUGGAUGCCAGUGCUGGACGUUUAUCCCACACUCAAACAACCACGUCGGGUAGUGAGGAUCCAUAUUCGACUAUAGAAAGUCAAGUUGGCUUAAUUUAUCCCACAACUGCCGCCUCCGACGAAUCAAACAAUUCGAAUAGUUAUAGCAGCAGUAAAGGCAAACGUCACAGUUCUUAUAAUAUGGGCAGCUACAUCGAUGAAAAUCUUUACAAGUCAAAUACUGAUUAUGAUAUUUACAAUCAAAGCGUCCCUAUUAUGUCGCAAAGGUCAAGUAAAACGGCUCAGCAACGUAAGAAACAAGAUGAUCCCUAUUAUUGCGGUCUGUUGGCUCGUAUACCGAAUUUUAUAAAAACGUCAAAUAAACCGAUGCCUGCAAAGCCUAGUAAAAAGGAGGCUAAAUUAGCGCGCAAGAUAUCGGCUUCGCAGCAACAAUUAUUGCAUUUACAACAACAGCAACAACAAUCGAUGGGCCAACCCAUACCAUUGGCGACUUUUCAUCAGCAAUUUUUGCCAGCCCAAAAUUAUUAUCCUUAUAAAUUGUAUGCGCAACAUCAUCAUCGUCUAUCGCAGUCACAAUUAUCACUAUGGGAUGCACGCAGCUUAAUAAGUACGCAAGAAUAAUAUAAGGAAAUUUUCAUGAAAAUGCCAAGCAGAGAUUCCUCUAAAAUAUAUUUUCGGAAUAUACUUAAAUAUUUUUGGAGUCGAGCAUCUACCUACCGCUGCCAUAUUCUUCUAAUAUGUCGAACUAAUCUUAUGUCCAUGCAAUCGUCUAAUCCUUUGCGACGACGGCGACAACGGUCAUCGCAUUACGAAAAUUGAAAAAAGAUCCCCUAGGUAGAUCACUCGAUGAUACUAGCAUUUGAUCGUUGUGAUUAAGAAAAAAGUUUUUUUUUGCAAUAUUUAUAAUUGUUAUCCUAAUUCAUUUGAA